UUUCUUUCUCCAAAUUUUUUUCUUCUCUUUUUCUUAUCCAUCUAUAACAAUAUAACAAUAAAAUAAUUGGUGAUUUGCAGCAGUGUUAAAUUUAUAUAUUUAUUUUGUAUCUGUAUAUAUAAAACCCCCAAGAAACUCUUUCAUAUUAUAUUCUCAAAAGGGAAAAAAAAAAAAUGUUAGGCAAAAGUAUGAACCAAAACGGUGGUAGAGACGCUGCCUUUUCGUCAAUGUCAAAUGGAAAGCAAGAACACACAGACAUCGAGUUGGGAAACAACGGCUACGUUGAUACUCAAAGACUCUUACUCGGAGGUGACAAACAGCUCUACGCAAACUCUCUCACCUCCCGCGAAAUGCAAUCCCUCACAGCUCUAUGUGAUACCUUCUUGCCUUCCAUCCCGGUUUCCGACCUUGUUUCCGACGAAUCUGUGAUCAAGUUUUACACAGCUUCGGCUUCCAUGGCCGGAACUCCACAACGUCUAGCAGGAUUGAUAAGCAAUAGACUGAAGCAUCCAAAGCAGUGGCUGAUGAGACUGACGCUGUGGGCAUUAUCAACAUGGAUUGGAACGUUCAUACUGUGUGGAAAUCUGAGCCUGUCGAGCAGAUUUCCAUACUUUCAGAGCUUUCCCAUGGUGUCCCAAAAGAAACGAGAAGAGAUAGCUUUGUCAUGGUCUCUCAGUUACUUUUAUCUCCUCAGAAUGUUUUUCAAGUCUAUGAAGCUUCUCACUCUCCUUGUAUACUUCACUCAGGUGGAUGAGAAUGAUGAGAACCUGUCAUGGAAAGCAAUUGGCUAUACCGGACCUGAUCCACAGUUUAAAAUCAAAACCAAACAACUGGAAGAAGCAGCACCAAUUGAAUAUGGAAGAUCAAACGAAAAAAAACAAGAACAAAAAGAAGAGAUCAUUGGACCUCUUUAUAGAGGCAUUAUCAAUCUGAGUAAUCCAAGAGACAUUACUGUUGAGACUCUAAGAAGAAACGGAUUUCCUGUCUUUGUUCUUCCUAAGAAAAAUAAGCCACCUAGCCUAUCCCAUCCUUCUCUAAUCAUCCGAUGUGAUGCUGUGGUAGUUGGUUCUGGUUCUGGUGGUGGUGUUGUUGCCGGAGUACUAGCCAUGGCUGGUUACAAAGUGCUUGUUUUGGAGAAAGGAAAUUAUCAUGCCAGGAACAAUCUUACCCUUCUUGAAGGACCUUCCAUGGACCAAAUGUACUUAUCAGGUGGUCUGAUUGCAACUGAGAAUAUGGGUGUUCUACUACUCGCAGGCUCUACAGUUGGAGGAGGCUCUACCAUUAACUGGUCAGCUUCAGUUCCAACUCCCCAGCAUGUAAUCAAUGAAUGGAGCAAUCAUCACGAGUUAGAACUUUUCGACAGUAAAUUAUACCAAGAAGCCUUGGACGCUGUCUCUCAAAGAAUGGGAGUUCAACCCGAAAUUCAUGAUGAAGGAAUGAACAAUGCGGUUUUGAGAAAAGGGUGUCAAGAAUUGGGAUAUCCUGUCGAAAACAUUGCCCGGAAUUCACCACCUGACCACUACUGCGGUUGGUGCUCUCUUGGCUGCAAGGAUGGAAGAAAGAAGGGUACCUCAGAGACAUGGCUAGUGGACUUGGUGAAUUCAGGGAAUGGUGCAAUUCUUCCUCAGUGUGAAGCUGUAAAAGUCAUGCAUAAGAGAAAGAAAGGUAGAGAUAAGAACACAGCAACUGGGGUUGCAUUCAAAUUUGGUUACAAAGGAGCAAAAGAUAUCUGCAUUGUGGAAUCUAAGGUCACUAUUGUCGCUUGUGGUGCUCUCAGCACUCCACCAUUGUUGAAAAGAAGUGGCUUGACGAACAACAACAUUGGGAAAAACUUGCAUCUCCAUCCAGUGGCAAUGGCAUGUGGCUAUUUUCCCCUUUCAUCCGAUUCAUGGCUGGAGAGAGAAAAGAAAAGCUAUGAAGGAGGAAUAAUGACGGCAAUGUCAACAGUAGUUGCAGAUCAUGACAAGUCUGGAUACGGUGCAUUGUUACAGACACCGUCCCUGCAUCCUGGAAUGUUCUCAAUUGUAAUACCGUGGAUUUCAGGCAAAGAUAUAAAAGACAAAAUGUGCAGGUUUUCUAGGACAGCCCAUAUAUUUGCACUGGCAAGGGAUAUAGGAUCAGGAACGGUCAAGUCAGAGAGCUCAAUUAAUUAUCAAAUGGAAGCUGUCGACGAAGAGAAUCUGCAGAAAGGACUAGCAAAGGUACUAAGAAUAUUAGCUGCAGCCGGAGCUGAAGAAAUCGGAACCCAUCAUGCCAAGGGGAGAACCUUGAAUGUAAAGAAAGUGAGCUCACAUGAGUUUGAAAGGUUUGUGAAAGAAGAGAGCUCGAGGAUGAUAAGAGAUCUUUCUUCACCAAUAUGCUCUGCACAUCAGAUGGGCAGCUGCAGGAUGGGAAUUGACCCAAAUACGUCAGUGGUGAACCAGAUGGGGGAAACAUGGGAAGUAGAGGGUCUGUUUCUGGCAGAUACAAGUGUCUUUCCAACUGCUUUAGGUGUAAAUCCAAUGCUCACUGUUCAGGCGAUUGCUUACUGCACAGCGCAAUCUGUUCUUGAUAUUCUUCGGAGGAAGAAGAGUAGAUGAGGACUAGAAAAUUUUGAGGAAAACUUGAUCCAGAAAUUAUUGAGGUCCUUCUACCCACCUUGCUAUAUCUCGAUGGAGGAAAACUUAAGAAAAAUAUAAAAUAAAGUUUUUGUAAUACUCUGUAUAUGAUUGAAAAGAAACAAACAAGCUAUACAGAAUAUUAAGGAUUUAAAAUAAAGUGAUAUUUCAAUAUUAA